AUGCGUCUCUCCCUCCUCGCCAUCACGGCCUCAGCCGUCUCCCUCGUCACAGGAACCCCCUUUCACACCCACACCACCCGCAGCAUCACCACAAACACAACAACCCUCCCCGUGACCUUUGGCGCAAUCCUCUUCCGCGCAAUGGACAUGCUAGACCUCUUCGGCCCCCUCGACGCCCUCCAGCUCGCAGCCUUCAACCGCCCCAUGACCCUCCACCUCGUCGCCGCCACCCUCGACCCGGUAACAACAGCGCCUCAGUCCCCCGGCAUGAACGCCCACAACUCGUCCUGGUGGCCGACGAUCCAGCCCACGCACACUUUCGACGACGACCUCGAUCUCGACGUGCUCAUCGUCCCCGGCGGCCCUGGCGUACGGGCGCCCGGGCUGGAGCCGAUUGUGGAGUACGUGAGGAGGUACGCGCCGCGGGUCAAGUAUCUGAUUACGAUUUGCACGGGGGCGAGUUUGGCUGCUAGGGCGGGUGCGUUGGAUGGGAGGAGGGUGACGACGAACAAGGCUGCUUGGGAGUUGAUCACGACGCAGGCGCCGGGGGCGAAGUGGGUUUCGCCGGCGAGGUAUGUUGUUGAUGGGAAUGUCUGGACUUCUUCGGGUGUUACUUCUGGUCUGGACUUGACUCUCGAAUUCAUCAAGCAGGUGUAUGGCGAGGAGCUGGCGGCCAAGGUUGCUAGGAUCAUGGAGUUUGUUCCCCAUGCUGCGGACUGGGAUCCCUUUGCGGACAUUAACGGCGUCGAACCGACGUACAACUGA